UAUUUCUGCUAGAGCAGGCUCGAAUACGGUCGACGGAAUGCUUGCGACUCGAAAUCCUCACUAUUCCCCUCACGCCUUGUCAGUCCGGCGUGGCCACGCCAACUAGACGCACGUGGCAUGCCGUUGAAUUACGUCCGAUAUCGUUGUAACUUGCUAAAUUAUUAUAAACAAUGGAUCCUAGAACUCAAAGCUCAAUCUUGCGAAUCAGUGGCCAUAAGACGUUUCAGUUCCUCGAAUUAUACGAAAAAGAGGAAUGCCUCUGGAACACCACUGACAAAGAUUACAGAAAUAUACGGAAAAGAAAAGAAGCGAACGAGAGAAUAGCCAGAGCUCUCAAUAUAGAACACUUUACUUAUCGUCAUGUAACUAUAAAGUUUAAAAAUCUUCGGAACUCCUACAGCCAGGAGUUGAAGAAGAUAGCGAAAAGCAUCAACAGUGGAGAAGACCCUAUUUACCGUCCGAAAGUUUUCUGGUUUUCUAAAAUGGAUGGAUUCUUGCGUCCCCACUUGCUAGUGCCUAGGGGUACAGUACCGAAAUUCGACCCUGAUACUUCAUCAGUACCACAGGAGGAAAAUAAAUCUCCCCAGAAAAUAAAAGAAGAAGAUGAGAACAGUUUUAGUUUCGAAGAACACGAUGUGGAGUAUGAACUUCGAAAGAAGCGAUCGAAGAAUGGAUCACCAAUAUACAGGGAUUUAGCACUUGAUGAUAACAGUGAUUCUUAUAUCUCUAGCCAUUUGGAAGUGUCACAGCCUUUUGGGUUGACGCUUAAUGAGGACGAUCCCUUGGACAGUCAUAACAGCAAACCAGACGUGUCAAAGAAUUCAAAAUACCUUGAGAAUAUUGUCAAAUGUUUGUCAAAUUUGACAAAAAACAACACGCAGCGUGAUGAUUGCUUUGACAGUUUCGGCAGGUAUGUAGCGGCCAUGUUGAGAAGUAUGUCGAAACGGCGGGCUUUGGAAGUGCAGCCAGAAAUAGUUAAGUUACUGGUUUCCGGUAACAUGGACAGCGGGGAGGGUCAAGUCAGUCAAUCAGACCAGUCAGACAGUUAAUGAAAUAAGGCUGUGACUAAUUUCUUUCCGUUUGUAAUAUUAAAUUUAAUUUAUUUGUA